AUGACUGAUGGUAAUAAGAAGUCAUCUAGUCCUGGGGAAAUCUGCGACUUAUUUGCAUCCUAUGUUGGUGCUGUGUAUAAUGCUCAACAUGACAUAAACUCAGAGUUGAAUGUCAACAAAUGGAAUUUGAUUUGCAAUUACAGCCUCGAACUUACUGCUCCCUACCUUAACAUGGAUCAGAUACUGAAUAUCAUGAAGUCCGUAGACGAUAACAAGGGCUCAGGGCCAGAUGGUGUCCCUUCUUUAUUCAUGAAAGCAUGUGCGGAUGAGCUAGUGACGCCUAUAUAUCUAAUUUUUAAGAAGUCUCUUCAAUCCGGCCUGUUUCCAGAUGUUUGGAAGUCCGCUAAAGUUGUUCCCAUUCACAAGGCUGAUAACGUCGAAGUUGUUGGUAAUAAUAGGCCUAUUUCAAUUCCGUCAACUUUAUGUAAAAUCUUUGAAUCUCUUGUCUAUCCUGUGCUGCAGAAACAUAUGAAUCAUUAUCUUACUGAGUGGCAGCACGGUUUUGUUAGGUUUAGGUCAACCUGUACUAAUCUGACUUUGUUUACUGAAACUUUGGUAGAAGCAGUAGAUGACGGUAGGGAUGUUGAUGUAAUAUAUACGGACCUUAGUAAAGCAUUCGACAAAGUACCUCAUAAUAUUCUUAUAUCUAAAAUGCGCGCAUAUGGUAUUACUGGCUCAUUAUUGGGAUGGAAAUCUGUCUUAGGUGCAAACUCCCUAAUUCCAAGUUUGUGCAAAUUGGUCAAUGGACAUAGUAACUUAGUUGACAUUCACGCCGACUCAUUUGCCAAAAUUAAGAAAGUUCUAGCUUCAGCCUGGUCUGAAACCAACAAAUAA